CAACAAUCAUGACGAUCAAACAUUCGAAGAAGGAGUCAUCAACUUAAGGGUAGUUUAUUUUCACUAUCCCAUGUGGACUAUGUUGAGUGGGUUCCUCCUGGAUUUGAAGGGGAAACUACGGGGCAAAGAGGGCCACCCACUCGACUCGAGAUAGUGAAAAACUACCGUUAACAAAGGGAGCCGAUGACCACGCCAAGGACUACGAUCCAGAUGCAGAAGAUCGUGGCACUCCUUCGGUCGGUGCAAAGGACGGAAAUAUAGGUGGAGCAGAAAGAUACGGCUCAGAAUUAUAACACAUUUCCAAAGGUGGAGGCCAUUUCUCUUUGCUUCCUUCUUAGGAGCAUUCUGAAGAAAGAGACUACCAAAGAAAUGAAUUGCUUCGAGCUCUAAAAGAAGCCUACAACUCGAGAAAGAAUAGGUCGAUGCGUGGUGCCUGGGUCGGGGAGAAGGCUAGAUAAAUGUCACAAAGUUCUCGUGGUGCGGUACGACAUACCAGGCACCAACUUUUAUGGGCGUAGGGAAUUCAUCUCGACAGUCAUCUGGAAGAGAAAGACAAGAGGAAAAAGGGACCCAGAUGAUCCCUGAGAUGAAUUCCCAAUACCUCUAAAACUUAAAAGCUGGCGACAUGGUUCUUCAUUU